UCCCCAUCCCCGCCCGUCCUAUCGCCACUUCGCCCAGCCCGCCAGCCGCCCCGCUCCGCCUAGUCUUCUCCGAAGGAAGCUGCCGCAGCCAACUGCGACGGCCGCCGACGGACCGAGCCAGGGCCCAUGGCGCUCUCCUGCAUGAGGUGCCCGGCGGCCGGCGCCGGCGGAGGCGCUGCGGCCGCCCGCCGCCCCGCGGGCCCGCGGCUGGUGCCCUCCUCGUCCCUCGCCGUCUCCUUCGCCAGAUGCGGCGGGAGAUCGGCCGCGGCCGCCGCCUCGGGGUGGCGCAUCCACGCCGUCGCCGGGAAAGGAGUGAAAGCCCCCAUGGAUGCCGUGGAGAGCGCUGUUGCUCCUGCCGCCCCGUCAAUGGUGGAAAAUGGCAGUUCAUCAAUCACCGUAGAGGAAUUUGAAGAUUUAGCCUCCCUAGUGAAGGAUGACGAGGCGUCGGUUAGCAUCACUGUAGUUGGAGCGUCCGGUGACCUUGCGAAGAAGAAGAUAUUUCCUGCCCUUUUUGCUCUUUACUAUGAAGGCUGUCUUCCCAAGCAUUUCUCCAUCUUUGGCUAUGCACGAAGUAAAAUGACAGAUGCUGAACUGAGAGACAUGGUCAGCAAAACACUGACUUGUCGGAUUGAUAAAAGGGAGAACUGUAGUGAGAAAAUGGAAGAGUUUCUGAAACGAUGCUUCUACCACUCAGGUCAAUAUGAUUCAGAGGAAGAUUUCAAGGAGCUAAGCAAGAAGAUCAAACAACAUGAGGGUCCCAGAGUAUCUAACCAUCUUUUCUACCUGUCAAUACCGCCAAAUAUAUUCCUGGAUGUUGUCAAAUGUGCAAGCAAAUCAGCAUCAUCUGUGAGUGGCUGGACAAGGGUAAUUGUUGAAAAACCCUUUGGCCGGGACUCAGAGUCUUCUGCUGCCCUAACAAAAGGUCUGAAGCAGUACCUGACAGAGGACCAAAUCUUCAGGAUUGACCAUUACUUGGGAAAGGAGCUGGUGGAGAACUUAUCUGUCCUUCGCUUCUCGAAUCUUGUUUUUGAGCCUCUGUGGUCAAGGCAGUACAUAAGGAAUGUGCAACUGAUAUUCUCAGAAGACUUUGGCACUGAAGGGCGAGGAGGGUACUUUGAUAGCUACGGUAUUAUCCGAGACAUAAUGCAGAACCAUCUUCUUCAGAUACUAGCUCUAUUUGCAAUGGAAACUCCUAUUAGCUUGGAAGCAGAGGACAUACGAAACGAGAAGGUGAAAGUUUUGCGCUCCAUGAAGCCGUUGCGACUAGAAGAUGUGGUAAUAGGACAGUAUAAAAGUCAUACGAAGGGUGGUAUUACAUACCCUGGAUACACUGAAGAUAAGACGGUGCCCAAGGGUAGUCUGACUCCAACAUUUGCUGCAGCUGCGCUUUUUAUAAAUAACGCUAGAUGGGAUGGAGUUCCCUUUCUCAUGAAGGCUGGGAAAGCUUUGCAUACUAAACAGGCUGAGAUUAGAGUACAGUUCCGACAUGUUCCUGGAAAUCUCUACAAGGGGUCUUUUGGAACAGAUCUUGACAGGGCUACUAACGAGCUUGUGAUACGCGUGCAACCAGACGAAGGAAUUUACCUAAAGAUUAACAACAAGAUUCCUGGUCUUGGCAUGAGACUAGAUAGAAGCAAUUUGAAUCUGCACUAUGCAGCAAGGUACCCGAAGGAGAUACCGGAUGCCUACGAGAGGCUGUUGCUCGACGCGAUAGAAGGAGAGCGAAGGCUCUUCAUCCGGUCGGACGAGCUGGACGCCGCGUGGGAGCUCUUCACGCCCCUUCUGAAGGAACUGGAGCAGAAGCGGAUGGCCCCUGAGCUUUACCCCUACGGGAGCCGUGGGCCUGUGGGCGCUCACUACCUGGCAGCCAAGUAUAACGUGAGAUGGGGCGACCUGGGCGGCUCGGAACACUAGGAAGAGAGUGUAGUUUCACGCGGGUGGUGAUGAUUUCUGUUUUUGGCGGUGAUUGAUUCCGCCGUCACAAUUUCCGCAAAAGGCCUGCACGCCCCCAGAUAGUGGGAGAUGCAGGGAACAGGUCUGAAUAAGGGUGAGCGGUCGGUGAUGCUUGUGUUCGUCGAUCGACCGUGAAUAUAUUUGUUGGUACCACUGGCUUACAUAUUCUGUGAUUCUUAAGAGGCGAAGCUGAGGGCAGAAAGCUCAUUCAUCUUGGCUGUUCAUCGGCUCAUUUGGUUGUCUGGCCUGGGCUGGGCUGGGCUGUUGUAUUGGAACUGCUGAUUGUGUAACUGAUGCCGGUGUUCGGUUGGACAUACUCGGUGGUACACUAUAUAAGACUUAUUACUGCAAUCGUUUU